AUGGCCAUGUAUCCCACACAGCAGCACCAGCAGCAGCAACAGCAACAGCAGCAACAGCAGCAGCAGCAUAUGCUGCAGCAGCAACAUGAGCAGCAGACGUCCGGGGAAUAUGUGAAGGAGCCGCCCUACCAAACGCAGCAGCUGCAGCACCAGCAACUGCAGCAGCAGCAGCAGCACACACACAACCAGCAUCAGCAGCAGCAGCAGCAACACUAUAUCCACCAACUGUACUAUCCAUCGCACUGGGUGCAGCAGCAACAGCAACAGCAACAGCAACAGCAGCAGCAGCAGGUCGCAAACAACGAGCAGCAGGCGCAGCAACAGGCUCAGGUUUAUGGCAUGUCCGAUGUGUAGGAAGGUGCAGCAUAACACCUAAACGAAAUCUUACCCUAGAUUAAGUAUAAGCCACGGCGACAGCAGCAACCACACAGGCCAGAAAGUGCAAUAGUCGAAAUCCAAAGUUGAUCUAAUCAAUCGAAAACCAAAACCGGUUAACCCGAAAACCAAUGUUUAAAUGUGUGUUAUUUGUGUCUAUUUUUGAGGGACUUUCCUGCGGUUCGAGGAAGUCGCCUCAGUCGAAAAGAAAAAUAUAUUAAUAAUGAAAAAACACGAGAAGCUCUAAAUGUAUUUUAGUAGGUAUAAACAUAUAGACGAGUAUGUAGGUAUGUAUAUACCAGAGUAAGAAUAGAGUGGGUGCUACUAAGAAAGUGGUUAUGAUUUACCAGGGCUUACGUUUCAGAUAGCAAAAGAAAGCAUAACAAACCGAAAGUAAUAUUUAAGCGUAGACUAAGCAAACAAACAAAAGGUUAAGACAAAUAUGUUUCGUUGACUGAGAACUCAUUUUGGAUUGACCCCAUCUUCGAUGAUUGCAUAGAACCUAUGAUUUUCCAAUAGAUUCCAUUAAGAUGAUCAUUUCACCGAUAUAUCGAUGUGCAUAGGCCUAAGAAUUAGCAAGUAGUCAAGGGCCAGUCAAAUGGUCCAACAUUAGCAUUGAUCAGUUGAGUCACGACUAUGAGUGUUAUCCAGCAUUAUCUAGAGAAAUAUCAAAGUAAAUGUACUAACUGAGUUAAGCACCGACAACUAAACCGAAACCGAAAAUGAAAAUGAAAAUGAAGAACACACCAGAAAUCGCGUAGAUAAUUGCACUGAAAACCGAACGGAUCGAUUGAGCCAGAGAAUAUAUAUAUGUAGAUGGACCCAUGACUAGAUCAAACUAUAUAUCCUAAACAAUACCCAUAGAAGAGGCUACUACACAUACACACACACACACACAAGCACACGCAUACGCAGGCACGCACAAAACUCACACGUAAGGAUCCUUAUUUAUGUAUCUGUGUUUGUGUAACGUGUAAAUGUAUUAAGGUAACCUAUAAGAAACUAAGGAAAUAGCGAAAUAUUUAGAAAAGGAUAUGAAAGAAAAACGUGUAGCAAAAGCAAAAUACAAAUUGUAGUCAAUGUGUAGCUAAGAAUCGUAAGAGUAACUGUAACACUAUACACUAAAAUGUAAACCUAAACACAAUUAUUUAUGGUAUUUACAAAGGCGAAACGGCUAGGAAACAGAAAACGAAUGCGAAUACAAAUUGUAAACUAUUUUUUACAUACCAAAGAAAACGAAAAUUGAGAAAAAAAAACGUAAUUCAUAAUGCAAAAACGGAGAAAUCAAAAUUAGAAAUCUUUCAAUUGGAUAAUCGGAGUGGAGCCAAAAGAAGCGAGUCUAAUUUCUAUUAGUUGUGAUGAGAGCAAAUCGAUGUUACGGACAAAGGAAACUGAUUUAUUUUUUCAACUUGGCAUAACAUGUUUUUGAAAGCCAACGACAAACUGUGCAUCGACGAAUGCAUCACUUUACAUAUAUACAAAUCUAUAUAUAUACACCAAUAUAUAUAUACAAUGAUAAAUGUUAUUUGAGCAGACAAGAAAACUGUGUGUCAGAGCAAGCUAUGCGUAAAUAUAAAUAAAAAUAUAAAUAUAAAUAUAUAAAUAAUGAAAAUAUAUGGAAAAUCAAUGAAAAUUAAAUAAAAUUGUAGCUGAACGUA